AUGGUUGCGCCAACAGAUUUUGGUGUAACUGACUAUUACUGGUUGAUAAAUUUUGUGUCCAGCCGCUCAACAGAACACAGGAUGAAGAACUUAGCAUUGAUCGUCGCCCUAUGCGUCUUCGGCAUGCUUGCCGGGGCUAACGCUUUCAAUUGGAAAGGGCAGCAAACUUGCCGCUGUGCAAAAUGGUGCAACAAAUACGAAAUCACGGUCGGCCCGUGUGGAAAAACAGGCGGUGUUCGAUGCUGUAGCCGCGGAUUUGGCGGUCUCAGAGUAGGCUACGGCGGCAGCAGCGGCUUGGGGUUGACUCUGGGCGGAGGUCUUGGCAGUGGUUCCGGCCUUGGUAGUGAUUUGGGCGGCGGAUGGGGCUGGGGUAACGGGGGCUGGGAAAACGGUAGAUGGGGCAAUGGCGGAUGGGGAAAUAGCGGAUGGGGAAAUGGCGGAUGGGGCAAUGGCGGAUGGGGCAAUGGCGGAUGGGGUGGUUGGGGUAAUCGUGGAUGGGGUCAUGGCAAGAAGUUUGGAGGAUACGGAGGCGGUGUUGGCGGCGGAUUAGGCCUUGGCGGUGGUUGGGGUCUCAGCGGUGGAUACGGUCUAAGCGGUGAUUUUGAUGGAUACGGCUCAGACGGUCUGGAUGAUGGAUACUUAGGCGGUGCUUACGGUGGAAGCGGUGCAUACGGUCUAGCCGAUAGAGUCGGUGGAUACAGUGUUGGUGGUGGUUAUGGUUUGGCUGGUGGAUACGGCGGUUUGGGCGGCGGUUCCGGUUGGGGACACGGAGGAUUGCGCGGCAAGAAGGUUGGACCCUGGGGAGGCAGUUUGGGCGGCUAUGGAGGCAAUUGGGGUGUUGGCGGUGGCUACAGCGCGGGAGCCGCUUUAGGAGUUGCUGGCGGUUUUGGAGAACUUGGUGCCGGUUACGGGUUCGGCGGUGCAUUCGGUGGCGGCCGCGGCGGGUACGGCUACGGCAAGAAGUAUUAA